AAAAAUGUUUUUUUAGUAUUGACAUGGCAACAGACGAUUUAUGUGAUUCAGUGAAAAAUCUAAAUGUUACAGAUAGCAACGAAACACUAAUAAAAGAAAAAACCAAAGCUGCCUAUGAUAAAGCAGCACUCAAAGAACGCUGGAAGAUUUUGGGGAAUGAACCAGAACAAAACAUUCUGUCAAUGAUCCGCAAGGCCUGUAUGAAUACAUUUGCUCGAAACGACUUUAUGAAGACUUUACAAACCAUUAAAGCCAGCUUUGUGCAGCGUGACUAUGAAGGUAUUUUUACAGAGGCCACAAAUUUAGAAGUCUAUGCAGCCGCUUAUGUUCCUGGCAGAGCGUUGUGCUAUUACGAAAUAUUUACUCGACCUCAACUAUUGAAAUUCUUGAUGAAACGUAGCCAACUAUAUUGUGUUGGCUCUGGUUCCGGCUCAGAAUUAGCUGCAAUUGCUGCUGCCAUGACAAGAGUGCCUGCUGAACGACAGAAAGUGAAACUCGUAAUGCAAGAUAUCGGGGAUUAUGAAAGUGUACUAGCAUCGUUUGAAAAUACAAUACGAGAGAAAUGGUCCAUUACAGAGGAACAACUGGAGUGUACCUAUGAAAAAGGAGAUGUACUUGAUCCAAACAACGCCGUCAUUCAACAAAGACUGGCACAAGCCGAUUUGAUCACAUUUAUGUUUGUCAUGAAUGAAUUAUUUGUCAAGAAGGCAGCUGCACUCGCAUUAAUAAAGACAAUGGUUCAAUCCAUGAAAAAGGGAGCGCACUUACUGGUAGUCGAAUCCGCAGGAUCUUUCUCACACCUAAAAGUAGGCAAUAAAUUAUACAUGGUAUAUAUGCUAUUGGAUGCUAUACAAGAUUUAGAGCUGGUGAUUGGAGAAGAUUCUCGCUGGUAUCGUCAUCCUGACCAUAUCAAAUAUCCUAUUGAUGUACAGAAUAUGAGAUACUUUAUACGUUUAUACAAAAAGAAAUGAGUGUAACAGCUUAAAAAUUGAUUCUAUCUCCGAUCAAGGUAUUUUUUUUUCAAGUA